AUGCCACCUUCUGUAAAGUUGAGAGAUGGUGGUCAGUGGGUGGCGUGGCUAAUGGUGGCAGAGGACAACGGAGAUGAAGGCAAAGUUGAUGGUUGUGGUGGUGGGGAUGGCAGUUGUGGAGGUGGUGGUGGUGGUGGUAGUGGCAACAUGGUGAUGGUGGUAGAUGUGAAGGUUUUGGAGGAGGUGGUGAUUGUGAUGGUGGUGGUGGUGGUGGUGGCGGCGGUGGUGGUGAAUGAGGAAGAGGUGAUGUUGGAGGUGGUGGUGGCGGAGGAUGAGGAGGAGGAGGAUGUGGUGGUUGUGGUGGUGGUGGUGGCGGUGGUUGUGGAGGUAGUAAAUGUGGUGGUGCAAGUGGUGGAGUUGGAUGUAAAAGUGGAGGUGGUGUCAUUUUUUUAA